AGGAAAUCAUGGAGCCAAACCAAAGCACCUCGAACCUGAACACCAUGUCGAACCUCAGCAACACCUACGCUACGAAGGACAUCUCGUCUGCCCUCGACCCCUCAGCCUUCCUCCUCUUCACAAACGGCGGAAAGCAGGCCCGCGCCGCUCUCGAGGCCGCGCUCGCCCUCGGCGAGGCUAGCCGGCCCCGCCUUCGCGUCACCGUCCACAGCGACUCCUCCGCCGCCUCCCUGCGCGCCGCAUUUCCCGCCCUCGACCCCGUCUCCAUCCUCGUCGGCGAUACACGUGAGCUCUCCUUCCAGCGCGCCGCGCUCGCCGGCGGGGUCUCGCACGUCUACCACGUCGGGCGCGAGUUCACGCCUUCGGAAGCCGUGCAUGCGAUCGACUGGAUCGACAAUGCGAAGGCGGCGGGCACGGUGAAGUUCUUCGUGUAUGUGGGCGCACUGCAUCCAUUCCGGCGCAAGAUGAUCAACCAUCGGAUCAAGUUGGAUGUGGAGGAAUAUCUGGCGGAGGCACGGUUGCCGUACUGUGUACUGCAGCCAGCGGACCACAUGCAGAACCACGACGUGAAGAAGGCGGUGGAGACGGGCGAGCUAAUCCAGUACUACAGCGUGGACGAGCUGGAGGCGUUCUUCGACAUCAAGGAUCUUGGGGAGGUCUCUGUCAAGGUGCUCGAGAACCCCGGCGAGCAUAACCUGGCAAGAUACGAGCUGUUUGGGUAUGCGCACACGUACAGAGAGGCAGCAGAGAUCUUGAGCAGGGUAGCGGGCAGGCCAGUCAAGGCGCGCAAGGUCGAGCGCGAGGAGGCGCUGGUGAUGUGCACGGAGAGAGCCAAGUCGCGCGGCGAGAACGAGUACUACGCGAAUGGCUUCGCCAUGAUGAUCGCGUACAACGAUAGGUUCGGACUGCUGGGGAAUAGUAACGUCUUGAAGUGGUUGCUUGGGAGGGCGCCGACGACAUGGGAGGAGUUCUGCAAGCGUGUACUGGCGUGAUUAAAAUUCAAGAUGUACUGAAGCGAGCUGAAUCGAUGCGGAG